AUGGCAAGUGACUUGCCUCCGUUGUGGACUCCUUCGAAAACCCUAUCCAAGAGGCCUUCUUCUGGGCACAGUCAGCACGCCAGCGGUGAACAAGAACCCCACGAGACUGGUUGGCGUGCGAACGCUGAAAGCGAGCCGUCCUCGAAGGGGCCUGCGGACUCGCGGGCUCUUCAGUGGCGGUUGGCGCUUGCUGAGGCCUGUGCGGAGCUCCUCGAGUCCAGUCUCGAGAGUUUGCGACACGCUUAUGCUGAAUACUUGCAGCAUGGAGAUCUCGGGGCGCCAGUCCAGGGUCGCUCCAGAAACACGGUACCGUCGAGGGCUCGUCUCCUCGAGGACCUGGGCUUGAACGCACCGCGCGACUUUGUAGACUACGUUCUUAUGCGCACCCUGCGCGAACGGGAUGCCUUGGCUAUGCAGAACUCGCGCUCCUGGACGUUCAACCUGAUGGACCGCUCUGGUGAAGGUCGAGCGUACCUUGCCGAGUUCGUUCGGUAUGCGCCUCUGAUGACCCCGGUGGCGGAUAGUGCUGUUGUGGAGCUCGUCUUUCAGACGCUGUCAGAGGCAAGCUCAAAGGCAGCCACAGAUUCUAUGUACGGUGGAGACAAGACGGGAAAGUUUACAGAAAGGCAAAACGUCUCUUUGGAGCAACGUGACAUGGAUUUCACGUCCGGUACGUUGACCGAGGGCGAACCUUCGGAGGCGCAUGUAAGCUUCGCAGUCUGGGAUGAAUUCUUAAUCGCACUGGGCAAGAUUUUCUCCAAAACAAAGCCCGAAUGGACUGAGGCGAAACGCCUUUUCGGAAUCGACCACGCCGAACCACUGGUCAAGGCCGGAGCCGCUUUUGAUCACUCUGGCACGAUACCGAUCUUCGGAAAAUUGUUUCUCUCGGAGCGAUACCUCUGUUUCGCAGCGAGCCUCGGCUGGGGGCACUUCUUGGUCCCACUCUCAAUGAUCCGAGAAGUGAAAUCCACUGAGUUGCCGGUUUUGCGACGCGAUGCUGUCGUGAUCAGUUUCACCGUGCCGAAGAACCUUGAGAAGAAUGUCAACGGUCCAUUCUCGAAGCUGCUACCCACUGGAGCGAUCGACAAAGGUUUGGUGCUCUCGUUUAACGAGUUUCGUUCAACACGUCUCCGGGAUGCGUGGGUGAUGUACAUUCGCGAGAUGGUCGCCGCCCAUGUAGCGAGCAAGCAACAUCACGUCGAUCACCUUGAUGCAAACAUCGUGAUGAGCGUAGACGAAACGAGCUCGAGUGUCCGGCUUCGACAAGCUCUGGAUCUGGCAGAGACGACGCGAUUCGCAGAGGAGGCAAGCCCUGGAGUUACGCAGCAGCGGGGCCAGCGCCUCUCGCGGAUGCGUGACUGCUCGCCGAACGCAUCACUCGCGGCUUCGACUACAGCGCAGACCGCAGGCGUUAAAGUGCCAGCGUCAAGCUUCGAGGCAAUCGUUCAGUGUCCAACUCCGGCAUUUGCACGCAUCGCUAGGUUGAAUAUUUUGCGUAGCAGGGCACUGAAACGUGUAUUAAGCGGACGUCUACCGCGUUCGUUAUUCAUCUUUAGUGUUGCAUCUGAAGCGGACGUGGUCGUCGAACACCACCCCAUGUCUGUUGAUGACUUGCGCGGCCGCGAGCUCAGACGAGCUGCAUUUCGGAAAUACGUUGAUGCUGCUCAUCGCAUUACAGCCGGUGAACGCUCCUGGUGGUUUGUUCGAGCAAUGCAACGGGUGAACAUGAAUAUGGAGGCAAAUCGGCGGAGGCAAGGCGAUCGCGACACUGAAACCCUGGACAUAGUUUCACUGGGCAACCAGAUCUCGACCUUCAUAGAGCUGGUGGCCCCCAUAGGCUGCAUGCUCGAUGCUGUUUGCUAUGUGAUUCGCUGGGACCGACCGGCGGUGUCCGCUGCAAUCUUCCUCUUUCUGCUUUUCGUUGUGCUGCUGGACGCUGUGACGUACCUGAUACCGCUGGCGAUUCUUGGUUACUGCGGCCUUCUUUUAUCGGUCAGGAAGGCUGUGCAGAAUCCAAAACAUGAAUCGUUGUCCGAAUCUUCGAAAAUGAAGGCCUCGUACCUCAGCGGCUUCUUUGUGCGUAUCCAUCACGGGCUAGUAGCGACGCAAGUCUGGUUGCAGCACAUGAACAGACACUUGGAAAAGUUCGAGAGCAUCCAUCUGUGGCGGGAUCCCGCACGAACCCGCCAGUACAUCUAUGGGCUUGUGGUGAGCGCUCUACUGAUCGCCGUCGUGCCCUUUCGGUGGAUUUUUGCCGCCCUUGUGAUCUACCUCUUUACGCUCCAGUUUCGAGAUCCCGAGCGACAGGAUUUCAUUGAUCGAUGGUAUGCAUCGGUGCCGGGGCGUCCGUCUUGCACCUAG